CAACUUGCCAUCUCACCACUCACCCUGUCGGUAUGGCUGCUCCACCUCCUGAUGAGCGGUGGAAGCAGCCGCUGCCAGCUUCGAGCUCAAGUCCUGCUCGUCCCGCUCGUUCUCGCAUGCGCGACCCCGGUUACAGCGAGGACACAGAACCCUCUCAGCGUCGACGCGCAGGAGCCUCGUCCGAGGUCCAAUCAUUUGCAGACCCUUUUGCAUUUGAUCGCACACAGAGAUCCCAGAUGAGGUCUCAGGCAUCAGUAUCGGACACAGUGCAAAAGUCGACCAUCGCGCCUUCAGACAAGUUGCGGAAUGCUGUCGGUGCGUUCAUGACCGCAGCUCGGACAGCAGAACCACAACGGCCCACCAAGAACAGGGCACGACAGGCUAAGAGAGAGCCUUGGGAAUUUGCAGACGAGGACAGCAAGUACGGCGAGAUCGAUGGCGUUCUCCGCAAAAUCCAGCAGACAUGGCCAUUCGUCCUGGAGAGUGACUUUUCACCCUCAACGUUAGCUCUAUCGCUCCUCGCCGAGACGGAUGGUACAGCCCGAUCUCCUCUCAGAGCCUUCCUCAAGGUUCACGAUGAAUUAUCCAUGGCGCUUCAAAGCGCUGUGCAGUCUCAUUUUCAAACAUUUGCGGCUUCGCUUCCUUCACAUUCCGCGUUCCUGUCAACCCUGAUCAGAGCGCAAGAACAGGCCAAGAAUUCGAAGAUUGCCUUGAGGGAAGCUAGGGAGGGGUUUGCCGGUCGAGGCAAAAGCGAACUGGCCAGCAUUAAGUCUAGAGAGAAGACUGUCAGGGACAUGUUAUCCCUUCUAGACGUCGUAGACGCGCUCCGCCUGAUUCCAGAUCAGCUCGAAUCUCUAGUCGGAGAAAAGCGAUACCUUGAAGCAGCGAGAUUACUCAUGAAAAAUGUCAAAACAAGCCGACGCAAAGAUCUGUUAGAUAUCGGGGCUUUGUCGGACCUGAGGGUGUACUUUGCGUCGCAGGAGACGACCCUCGCGGAGAUAGCUGUCGAGGAACUUCAAAAUCAUCUGUACCUUAAAGGUUUCACUAGCGAAUCAAGGUGGCACGCCUAUGGGGACGGCCUAUCUGUCGAUGGCCACAAUGACAGGGACUUCUUUGCGGCAUAUGUUCGCUCAAUUGCGAUGAAAACGCAGAUGGAAGUAGAAUCACACAGUCUCAAGUCAUUGGCUGGGGACAGCGCAUUCGAGGCUGAUCUCGAGUCCUUUGACGCCAUGGGAAGUCUCUUGGAAACUCUCAGUGUUCUCGGAAAACUGGAGAGCUCAAUCGAGACAAUCGUACAGCGAGCACCAGGAGAGCUGCACAACUUGGUGGACACUACUUUAGAAGAGGUCGAGGAAAGAGCUCAGCACAGGCAUGAGCAAUCCGCUGUAAGGAGCGCCUCUCACAUUACUUCUCGUCCACGGAAUUCCGACUUCCGCUCCUCGUUGGAUGGACUGGCAAGACAACAAGACAUCGUAACGUUGCGAGACCUGUUCUGGACUCUUUAUUCUAAAAUGAAUGCUGUGCUUGAGGGAUACAGAGUCGCAUACGAAGUUUGUCGUUGGAUUGCAGCGAGGCGAGAGGUGCAAUCCGAGACGAGGACGAGUACUUCCGAUGUGCCAGUUCGAGACCUUUGGAGACCUCUCCACCAAGAAGUUCAAAAAUUGCUCGAGAGCUACCUCUCUGAUGCGGUGACGGGCUCAGACUCUACGCAGCCGUCUACAGCAGUAAACGAUGUGCUUAGGGUCGGGCUUAAUCGUGACCGGCAAAAGUCUCUCUUCAAGUUCACAGAUACCGAUUCCCGCAUGGUGUCGAAAGAUGCUCGAGUCAUCGACAACAACCUCCAAGAAGCGCUUAAAAGCUUUGCGCCUGGUCUCAUCAAUAUUCAGGUGUCUGGAGAUCUGAACGCUGAAUUGGAGGACGGCUUCGCCACACGGGUGACUCACCGGAGACUUGUCCCUGCAAAUCCCUUCAAUGUCUCCACCUUAUUCCAACCGACACUUUCCUUUAUCGAGCGCGCGUGCGCUGCGGUUCCUCCUGAAUUCGACGAAGAGCCUCGGAGUAUUGGUGGCAUACUGGAGGAAUUCGUCAUUAAAGUCUUCCUGCCUCGGUUAGACGAACAAGUGUCCAUGGCUUUUCAAAAUGCGAUAUCAGGUACCGACAGUCUAGAGGUGGAUGACACAUCUGUCGAGAGACCGCCGCAGAGAUCCAGUGUUCGAGUUCUGGCCUUGAUCCACAAUCUCUGCGAUUUGUUGGAUAGCACGCCAUUUCAUCGGGAGAAUUACAGUCGCUUAAUUGUUGGUGUUAUUGUGCAAUUCUAUCAAGAGUGCAGCACACAAUUCAAAGACAUCGUCCAACUGGUGGGAAGGGGACUGGAGCAAAUGGCACUGCCCGCGCUGUGGGCGCAACGUGAAGAAGUCACAACGUGCUUGACAGAGAUCCGCGCAGCUAAAUCAUUCGCACUGGAAGGGCCGCUGCAGCGAGAACUCAAGAUCGAAAACGAACUUUUGGGAAACGAUGUCAUCACGGAAAACCGACUGAUCGGGUCCACUCGCAAAUUUGAGGAUCUGUGCUCUCUAGCCCAGAGCUUGCGCUGGUUUAUGGAGGCCCUACUGGAUCUCCAGGAAUCAACCCCAAGAGGCAGUGCCCGACUUCCUUUGACCCAAGCGAUGUCGCAGCGUUUCGAUGCGAUCAUCCUGACGUACGAGCAGUUGACCGAGAUGGUGAUGAACGCAUGCAGAAUCGAGCUUCGGGGCAGAGUAAGAUGUAACUUAGGCGCUUUCCUUCGAAAGGGCGAAUUCUGGCUGGAAAGCGAAGCGCUUGAGCCCGAUCCGGACGUGACUGAUCUGUGCAAGUGCCUGGUUCGAUGCGUAGAGAUUACUGGUAAGACUCUAGAACCAUCGGAUGCCGAAUUUGCUGUGCGAGGACUUGGUCAACUGGCCAAUCAUCUCUUCAUUGCGUCCGCAGGCUCGAUAGGCGUGGUCAAUCCCGCUGGUGUAUCGAAGAUACAAAGGAACAUCAAGGCGCUGCAACAGACCCUCAGGAGCUCGGUGGAGACGGGCGAUGCCUGUCUUCUGACCAGAUCGUGGGAGUACUGGACAUUGUACGAGCGGGGACCGAAGGCCAUGAUGAACGAGCUCCGAAAAAGCAAGCCCCUGUACACAUUUGAGGACUACAAGAAUAUGCUUGAACUGCAAUGCAGAACCGAGCUUGAAGAAGCACCUUCUGCAGCACUCAAUUCGUAUUUGAUAGACUUGCACGCGCUUUCUAUGGAGGUACACGAAUGGUAAAAUAUUAGAGAUGCAGAUGCGUUCUGUCGCACGCAUGUAUUUAUAAGCCCUUU